UGAGAUUGAGGAGGAGCUGCAACCAAAGCAGUCUGACUGGGGGCUCUCUGUUCUGAGCUCACUGCUGUCCUCCAUUCCUCAGAUGCUGGCCUCUUUUCAGUUCCUUUCUUUCUCGCUCCGUUGCUUCACGACUUUUCCCGUGGACUUCUUCACCACGAUCCUCCAGGAAGCCGCAUAGCAGCGCAGUCGUGACUCGCCGGCUUUCAAAAGACGAGACGGGAGAGGAGCAAUCAAUCACUCCGGCACAGGGGAGGACGGAGCGGGGCGUCGGAGGAGCAGCAGUGCCUUUCUUUGCUCUCGGAGGAGCAGAAUCCUCGGGCUUUCAUUGGAGUCUUUCCUUUUGAUCCUCAUCCGCCCUGCGGACAGAGACGGCGUCCACCUGUAGGGGGAGCGAGUGAAGACUCAGAAACAUUCAGGACUUCGGAGGACGACCUCUUCUGGACUUCAAUGUUUACCAGAUAAUUAUCUUUUCUUCUGAAUGAUAAUGCUGGACACCAACCACUGCCUGUCCUUUAAUCCCACCCCCCUGGACUCCCCCCCAAUGGCAGACGACAUGGUGAAGGCAGCCCUGAAGAUGGAUCACGACAGACUCGUCUAUCACAGCCUGAAAGAAGUCCUCCAGCUCAAGCUUCAGCAGAGACGCACACGGGAGGAGCUGGUCAGUCAAGGGAUCAUGCCACCCCUGAAGAGCCCUGCAGCUUUCCACGAGCAGCGCAAGAGUCUGGAGCGUGCCAGGACCGAGGACUACCUGAAAAGGAAGAUCCGGAGUCGUCCUGAGCGCUCCGAGCUGGUCAGGAUGCACAUUCUGGAGGAGACGUCCGCCGAGCCGUCCCUGCAGGCCAAGCAGCUGCAGCUGAAGCGAGCGCGGCUGGCCGACGACCUCAACGACAAGAUCUCCCACCGACCCGGGCCCAUCGAGCUGGUCCACAAGAACAUCCUGUCCGUCAGCUGCCCGCUGCAGCACUCCCUGCUGGAUUCUCCAAAAGGAGCCGGAGGCGAGAGCUCCUCUCUGGAUGAGGACAGCAGCGACGCUCUGUCACCAGACCAGCUGACCAAUCACGACUCUCCGCUGAGCGCCGGGACACAGCUGUCCCCCUCCGAUGUGCUCGCCCACAGUGGGGAGGCCCCGCCCACACAGUUCUUCACUCAGCCUCCUCCUCCUCCACCUCCUCCUCCACCCCUGGUGAACGGUUCAGACUCCUCUCCUCUCCCAAAGAUAACCAACGGGGCGGGGCUUGCGCCAUCCCGACCCUCGUCUGGAUUCAAGAGUCAGGGGAAGACGGGCUCGGACCGGCCCACGCAGAGACCCAAGAAGUCAAAGGACAGCAAACCCAAGGUGAAGAAGCUGAAGUACCAUCAGUACAUCCCUCCGGACCAGAAGGCGGACAAAGAGCGCCCUCCUCAGAUGGACUCCUCCUACGCCAAGCUGCUGCAGCAGCAGCAGCUCUUCCUGCAGCUGCAGAUCCUCUGCCAGCAGCAGCAGCACUACAACUACCACACCAUCCUGCCCGCGCCGCCCAAGCCACAAAACGAGCAGACUUCCUCCACCGCCUCAGGCCCCUCCCCCUCCCGCGGCGCCCACACCGCGACCCCCAGUCAGAGCACCACGGCCCGCCAGGCCCAAACUGCAAUGGGAGGAGCCAAGCCCACCACUCUGCCGGCCAACCUGGACGAGUUUAAGGUGGCAGAGCUGAAGCAGGAGCUGAAGCUGCGCGGUCUGACCGUCUCCGGCACCAAGAACGAUCUGAUCGAGCGGCUGCGCAACUACCUGGAGCACACGGGCGCCGCCUCCCCGGCUCUGAAGAGCGCCGCCUCGCAGGGCUCCGCCCCCACCGCGCCCGCCGGUGCCUCCUCUCCCCCAACCCCCGACCUGCAGGCGGCUCAGCUGGUCCUGUCCUCUCUGGCCCAGGCGGUCCCGGGCCGGAUCAUGCGGUUCGGCAGCACCAGCUCCAGCCCGCCGGUGUCGCCCACGCCGUCGGAGCGCUCGCUGGCCGGUCUGAGUCCCGACGAGACGAGCUGCAACGGAGACAUGUUCGGGGAGAUGGUGAGCUCCCCCCUCACGCAGCUCACGCUCCACCCGUCACCCCAGCAACCGUCGAACGUCUCCGCCCUCACCGUGGUGAAGGAGGAGGUCCAGAGCUCCUGCAGCCUGGCGGCGUCCUCCCCCACGUCUGCGCAGCCGGCAGAAACCGCCAUGGACACGGCGUCUCUGGACAAAGACCAGAUGCUGCAGGAGAAGGACAAACAGAUCGAGGAGCUGACCCGGAUGCUGCGGCAGAAGCAGAGGCUGGUGGAGACGCUGCGGUCGCAGCUGGAGCAGGGCAAGAUGGCCGCCGCCGUGGUGGUGAAGAAGGAAGGAAGCGACAAGAGCAAAGCGGCGCCGUCUUUGAUAAAAGCCUCCGCCGUCCAGCCCCCCACGCUUCCCAACGGCAUCGUUCUGACGCUGAAGAAGGAGGCGGAGCCUGCAGAAGGCAUGGAGGGCGUCGGCGAGGAGAAGAAGCUGGGCCAGCCCAUGCAGUGCUCGCAGGAGACGCUGCUGAGGCUGCAGCAGAUCCAGCGGCUACAGGCGGAGCAGCAGAAGCAGCAGCCGCAGAAGAAGGAGGCGCAGAGCCUCCUGCAGAAGAAGGAGGCGCAGAGCCUCCUGCAGCAGCAGCAGCAGCACCUGCAGCGCCUCAUCAUCCAGCAGACGCAGCAGAAGCAGCAGAAGAACCAGGUCCAGCUCAAGCAGGUCCAGGUCCACAUCCGCAACGCGCCGGCCCAGAAGCCCGGUCUGACCCAGACCCAGCAGAGGAAGCUGCUGCGGGCCCAGCAGAGGCAGAAGCAGAAGGCCGCAGCCAGCGCCGCGCAGCAGGCGGCGCCGCUCAUCGUCAACCAGCAGAACGGCGCCCCGCUGCACUCCCAGGCCAUCUCCUUAGACCUGCUGAAGGCCAACGGCGCCCCCACGCUGGUCACCGACAGCAACGGCAACCACUACCUGAUCGCUCUGACCAGCCACGGCUCGGACGGGCAGAACGGAGUGUCCUCAUUGGCUAAAACCGGAGGACGCAUCACGCUGCAGAGGUUACAGUCGACCCCGACUAAAUUCCCCAGCGCUGACGGCCAGUCCAAAGAGGCGGAGCCUGUGAAGAAAGCAGAGAAAAAGGGACUGAAGCCCGGCCUGCACAUCGACACCAACGGCGUGGCCCCGGCCAGCACGCCGCUCACAGCCCCACCCACCCUGCAGCCCUUCUUCAACGACCCGUCGGACGCCGACAGCCCGAGCAGCCUGGUGUCCUCUCUGAAGAGAGGGGAGGCGUGUCCUCCUUACGACCGCCACACGCUCUUCACCCCUCCCUCCCCUAAGCCCAGCACCUCCCUUCCUCCUCCACGCUCCAAAGAGAACGGCCUGAACAACCAGCAGAUGGACGACCUGUUUGACAUCCUGCUGAAGAGCGGAGAAAUCCCCAGCUUCAAGGCCAACCCGGACCCCUCCCUCGCCCCCCUCCACUCUGACCCGCCCUCCCCGUCUGACGCCACGUCCCCGCUCCACCUCUCCUCCCCCGCCCCCCCGGCGCCGCUCACCUCCCCCCGCCCGGGCGAGAACGACGGCCGGCGCCUGGAGGACUUCCUGGAGGGCGGCCCGGGCGGCCUGCUGGGCCUGGAGCCCGACGGCGGGCUGGCGCUCAUGGACGACCUGCACUGCCACAUGCUGGACCACCCCCCCUCCCCCAUGGACACGUCCGACCUGGGCUUCUCCCCGCACUCCUCGGGUUUGGACUUCGGCGACCCCGCUCUGGACAGCAUGGACUGGCUGGAUAUCUCCAUGGGGGGGUCGACGGGCGGCGAGGGCAGAGCGGCGAGGGAAGGAGGCGGAGUUUCAGGAGAAAGGGACGGCGGGACGAGCCUGGCCCCGCUGGCGCCGCACACCCCCCAGAGCGUCUUUUCCGCGGACUUCCUGGACAGCACGGACCUGCAGCUGCACUGGGAGUCGUGUCUGUAGCUCCUCCACGCCGCCUCGCCACCGCGGGCGCCACCCACGGUUUUUCAGGCUGUUACUGCACUCACCAAAACCACAGAGAACCGUCCAGCAGAACCACUUCCUGUCCUGGACCCACGCUGCUCUCUGAACCGGGUCAGUGCCUCCUAAACUUUGCACUUUGGCUGAAUCUGAUUGGGUUGGGGGGGCGGGGCGCGGCGUGGCCCCGCCCACACCAGUCUCACUGUCUGGUCUGCGACUGCAGCUCUUCUCAUUACGUUAGACCACUAUGUAUUACUGUAUAUGCCGUGUAUAUUAUCAAGUGUCCAUAAGACUAUUUUUCUUUGCUGGGGGAACACGGGGGGGGGGCUUUCACAACACUCGGUCCCUGUUUAUUUGUUGUUUUUUU